GAGGCGACGUGCGCGGGGAGCUAAACAUCGUGGGAUUUCAGGAAGUGCUGUCGUUACGGGUGGCUAUCCUGUAUAGAUCGCCCCGGGAGGCCGUCUUGAUUCCUGCUGCUUCUGUUUGUUGAUCUAUCAUAUUUCACUCCUGGUUUCGCCUCAAAGCUUUUGGCUAUGUCCCCUGCCCCUUAUGGAUGACGAAGACGCUGCUGUUCUUCCAGUGCCGGAGGACCAUGAAGGUCAUUUCGUAGAUGAGACUUUCUCGGACGCGACGUCUGCGUACUCGGCUUCUUUGACGCCAAGUAUCACGAAUUACCCCGAAGAGCACGGAAGGCGGUACCAUGCGUUUCGACGAGGACGAUAUCUCCUCCCAAACGAUGACAAGGAAAUGCAGCGCCUAGAUUUGGUCGAUGAAAUGAUAAAGUUGACCUUGGGAGGAUUGCACCUGGCCCCGAUAGGGCCCAAUCCUCAGAGAGUGUUGGAUAUCGGAACGGGUUCUGGUGCUUGGGCUAUCAGGUUUGCCGACGAAUAUCCUUCUGCAGAGGUAAUUGGAAAUGACCUGAGUCCCACGCAACCCGCAGACAUCCCUCCAAAUGUCAAGUUCCUUGUCGACGAUGUCGAGGAGGAGUGGGAAUACGGAGGUCGCCCGUUCGAUUUCAUCCAUUCUCGCUAUAUGGUAUUCGCCAUCAGAGAUAUGAAGCAUCUUAUCCAGCAGGCUUUUAAUGCCUUGAGACCAGGGGGUUGGCUGGAAGUCCAGGAUUUCGACUCGAGGAUAAACUCACCAGACAAUACCAUCAGAGGCACAUGCCUUGAAUAUUGGAACAAAUCUACCGUUGAUGCAUUCGAAAGUAUGGGUUUUUGGACACGGAUUGGGCCUGAAUAUUCAGAUUUGCUAAAUGACGCUGGCUUCGUCAAUAUCCAAAUGAAAAAAUUCCCCAUACCUCUCGGGAAAUGGGCCAAAGACGAAAAUUACAAAAGGCUCGGGGAACUUAAUGUUAAACAGCUAACGGAAGUUUUGGAGGCAGCUUCGAUGGCUGUUUUGACGCGGAGCGGAUGGGCCGAGCAAGAGAUAUAUGCGAUGUGCGCAGGCGCACGGAAUGAUGCGAGAAAUCGCAGAAUCCACGCAAAGUUGGAUUUUUAUGUCUUUACGGCUCAGAGACCGCCGCCAUCGGGCGCAACGGAGAACACCUAAUUCUGGCGCAUUUUAAUUUAACUUUCUAUAGUACCGCGUUACUGGCGUUUAUUUUAACGGUUCUCAUGCACAAUUGGAGGCGUUUUAACCUACGGCAAUUAGGGAAUCUUGUUGCAAAUAAGGCGAACAACUUACGACAUCACCGAGAACAGGAUCGAUCAAUUGUAUGGGAAUUAAAGGCGUUCCUAUCACGAUAUAUUCCUUCAUCCGCAAUAAGAACCUAGCGAUGAUCCUCAUUUCAGCGACUGGCAUUUCGUUUCGAGUGCUGCAUAAUUUCCUCUGCAACAUCAAUUGUCAAUUAUUGCCUUUACGUCGGGUGCUGGCUUCAUCCGCUGUGUGGCUCAUUUCAGGACAACGGACAGCAGACCAAUGUUUUCGCUUCAACAGAUUUGCGAUAUCACGCUGUAUGUGUUGUCCGCUCUCGUUAACUGAGGAUUGACAGACAUGUGUGUGUGUGUAUAUCUAUAUAUAUCUACACACAGGAUCAGCUAGGUAAUUCGAGCUAGAUUGGCAGUCCUAUAUACGU